AUGUGUGUGGGGGGGGGGGGGGGGGAAGCCCGAGACAUGUGUUGUGGUGGAUAUUUUUUGCAACCAUAUCCCAGAAUGGUGACCCCACACUCCACAAAGAAAAGUGGGGGGGGGGGGGGGGGGGGGGGGGGGGGGGGGGGGGGGGGGGGGGGACAAUGGGUCGUAAACUAUGAUCCGGGGGGGGGGGGGGGGGGGGGGGGGGGGAAUUAUGGGGGGGGGGGGGGGGGGGGGGGGGGGGGGUAUAAAGGGGGGGGGGGGGGGGGAGAUUAUCCAUAUCUACAAUUCGGGGGGGGGGACUGGCUAUUAAAUGAGGCGAAACUCACAAGACACUCCGAGCACGCCACUCGUAGAAAACAACAAACACAAGUAUCAUCAACUACUGUCACGUUUGCGGGGGGUGUCCGAACCUUCGUACUACAGGCCCAUAGUAGUACCAUACGCGAAGACGGUGUGUCGAAGCUGGGCAGGUGGGGGGGGGGGGAGGCGGGGGGGGGGGGGAUAGGAGAUACCUGCUAUAAAUAA